AUGGCAGGUGAUGUGAAUUACAAAACCGAUAUAGGUAUUAGUAAACGGAAUGAUUUCUUUCCCCAUCUAGAUCCUGAAACUUCUUCUACAGUGGUUUUUGGUGCAGACCAAGAAAUAGCAUUUGAUUAUAGGGAAGGGAGUGAGAAGGGCCCAGAACACUGGGGAGAGCUUAAACAAGAAUGGGCGGCAUGUAAAGAUGGACGAUCUCAAUCACCAAUAGGUUUAGACGAGAGUCGUGCCACCAAAGUGAUCCAAAGUUCAAGGGAUCUUACAGUGAGCUAUAAGCCUUCCGAUGCAACUCUCAAGAACGAAGGUCACUAUAUCGCGCUUGAAUGGGAAGGCGAUGCUGGAUCUAUCCAAAUCGACGACUCAGAUUACUUCCUCAAAAGAUGUCAUUGGCACACCCCAUCUGAGCACACCGUUAAUGGUGCAAGGUAUGAUUUGGAACUGCACAUGGUGCAUCAAAGUGCAGACCAGAACAAUAUAGCUGUAGUUGCAUUUCUAUACGAAGUCGGGCAGCCCAAUGCUUUUUUAUCAAAGAUAAACCAGGAUAUAUCUUUUGUGACUAGUACAAAGGAGAAAAAGUUGGGAGUGAUUGAUCCAAGGGAAAUAAAAUGGGACAGCUCAAGAUUUUACAGAUACAUGGGAUCACUCACAACUCCUCCCUGUACAGAAGGAGUUAUUUGGACCGUAAACGAAAAGGUAGAUAUUGUUUCAAGAGAACAACUGGACUUACUUAAAGAAGCUGUUUAUGAUUAUGCAGCGGCGAAUGCAAGGCCAUUGCAACGUGAUGAAGGCCGAGAUAUUAAGCUCUAUGGCCCGUCGUCAUCGUUAAGUGACUUGAAUGCAGAAUUACCUCACAGGGGGAGACUUAAUUCCGCAGCAAUCCCUCGGGAGUGAAUCAAAGCAGCAAGUCCCUAAGAGAUAGAGUCCCCAACAAUUUGUCAGAUUAUUUCCACAAGUUAACGGCAUGUCUCUUCGCGUAUCUUCUCUAAUUGGUUAUCAAUUAAGAUAAAUAUUUUCCUUUACUGUUCUUUCAUGCUUUCCUAGUAGCCUUGUAAUCCCUAUGUGGUUUGUUGAAUUUGUCAAAUAAGAGAAAAUAGCAUGAAUCUGCUGCACCAAUUGUGAGUUUGCGUUGUCCUAUUUCUCGUGUCGUAAUAGCAUGCACACAAUGUCUUC